CGGGUGGAGGGCGGGGAGAGGGACAGAAGGCGUGCGGGAGUCGCGGUAGCAUGGUCGAGUGCUGGACUUUGGCACUGGCCGUCCAUCUGUCACUUUCUUCCACCCUCUCUGUGGCACUGACGGGUCGUGGCGAUGGCAGCCAGUGACGGAUGACUAAUCUUCUGCUGGUAAUGAAUGAGACACCUCCCUCGGAAUGCCAAAAGCGUUGCAUGUGUGGAGGGUCCUGCUGUGAAUGGGAUGCAAUUUCUUAUGUAAUGCCAUAUACCAAGCAAAUACAUUGAGCACUUUCUUGUAUGCUGAUAACACAAGGUAGGACGAGCACUCAGAGAUUUAGCAAAGAUUAGAUUGUCAGGGUUUGUUUUGGUGGAAACACGUGAUGGGCAGGUGGAAUGGAGAAAAAAAAAAGGACACUUUCGUUAUGAAAGACGACGGUGAUGAUGCGCUGCUCAUUUUGUUUGACUGUCUGCCUUCCAGUCAAUCCGUCUUGACUCUGUGCGCUGAGUAGCCCAGACGUGUCUUGUAUUCAGCUCAUAAUGCGCAGGCGUGAUCCUAUCAGAGCCCCGCAAAAAAAAGAAAAAGAAAAAAAAAAAAAAAAGCUGUAACCAUCCAGAACUAGACGUCGUGUGCGUUGUUCCUCAUGUGGCGCUCAAACGAAAGCUGAAACAUCCAUUUUGCAGGUCGACUUAAGAGACUGUAUAAGGGGAAUGAAGAUUUCCUUUCUCGGUAAACCUUUUGGGCAACACAGUCCAACCUGUGGAUAGUACACAGAGCGCCUCUGUCCAGUCCCCGCUAUCUGGGACGCUCUGCUUUCCCUAAAGCUCGCUAAGCGCGUCUUCUUCUUAUUAUUAUUUUUUCCUUUUUUUUUUCACCGUUGGCGGCUCGGCGUGGGAUCUGCGCUUCGAUCUGAGCCUUGUGCAGGUAUUGAGUUUAUGAAUGGCACUAACAUGGAGGAAAUACCGUUUCAGAAAGUCAAAACCAGGCGGAAGAGAAGUCACUGUCCACCGGGUGUCCCCCUGACCACCAUCGCCUGCGAGGAUGAGUUCGACUGCAAGGAGCUGGAGUCUCUCUUCCAAAAUUACAACCUGAAACUGGAGCAGACAUCCACGCUCAAAGCACUGGCUGUCCUCAUCUUCACGUCCGCGACGCUGGCUUUGGUGGAGCUGCUGUCCGGUCCGAGCCUCACCAUCUCCAAGGGGUCCCAUCCGGUCCACUGUGUCAUCUUCCUCUCCCUCUUCAUCGUGACUAACGUCAAGUACCUGCAAGUGACUCAGCUCCAGCAGAUCGUUAACCUGACACUUCUCUUCAGCUUCACGUUUUCCUUCCUCUGCUGCCCCUUCUCCCUGGGCGCCAUGGGACUGGAGCCCCCGACGUCCCCGGAGCAGGGCGUGUGGCAGCUCAUCCUGCUCACCUUCGUCGCCUACGCGCUCCUGCCCGUGCGGACGCUCCUGGCUGUUGUGUUUGGAGUAAUGGUCUCCAUCUCCCAUCUGAUUGUGACCGCCACUUCUGUCACGGUGAAAACUCAAAAACUGUGGAGAACGCUGGUUGCAAACACGGUGCUGUUCACUAGUGUCAACCUGUCAGGGCUGUUUGUUCGCAUCCUGACUGAGCGGGCCCAGAGAAAAGCCUUCCUUCAGGCUCGCAACUGCAUUGAAGAACGGCUCCGAAUGGAAGACGAGAACGAGAAACAGGAGCGCCUGCUAAUGAGUCUGUUGCCCAGGAACGUAGCUAUGGAGAUGAAAGAGGAUUUCCUGAAGCCCCCUGAAAGGAUCUUUCACAAAAUCUACAUCCAGCGUCAUGACAAUGUCAGCAUUCUUUUUGCAGAUAUAGUUGGUUUCACCAGCCUGGCCUCUCAGUGCACAGCUCAGGAACUGGUUAAGCUGCUAAAUGAGCUGUUUGGAAAGUUUGAUGAGCUUGCCACGGAGAACCACUGUCGCAGGAUUAAGAUACUGGGGGACUGUUACUACUGCGUGUCAGGGCUGACUCAACCUAAGACUGACCAUGCUCACUGCUGUGUUGAAAUGGGUUUGGACAUGAUCGACACUAUAACGUCAGUUGCAGAGGCAACAGAAGUCAACCUUAACAUGCGUGUGGGUCUGCACACUGGUCGAGUGCUGUGCGGAGUACUGGGGCUCAGGAAAUGGCAGUAUGAUGUCUGGUCAAAUGAUGUGACGCUGGCCAAUGUGAUGGAAGCUGGAGGACUACCAGGGAAAGUUCACAUCACCAGAUCAACACUUGAGUGCCUAAAUGGAGACUACGAGGUAGAGCCUGGAAAUGGCCAUGAAAGGAACGCCUUUCUCCAGAAGCAUGAAAUAGAAACUUUCUUUAUUGUGCCAUCUCACCGACGGAAGAUAUUCCCAGGAUUGAUUCUUUCGGAUAUAAAGCCUGCCAAAAAGAUGAAGUUCAAAACCGUCUGCUACUUACUGGUGCAACUCAUGCACUGCAGGAAGAUGUUCAAGGCUGAGAUUCCGUUCUCCAAUGUCAUGAACUGUGAGGAUGGUGAUAAGCGGAGGGCCAUGCGAACAGCUCCACAAAAGCUGAGGAACCGCCCCAAUGCUAACCAGGCUAACUUGAUCCAGAGCAGUCCUAGGACCAGGGUCAACCGUUACAUUGGCCGGCUGAUUGAGGCCCGCCAAACAGAGUCCGACACAGCAGACCUCAACUUCCUCACACUCAUGUAUAAGUGCUCUGAGCGAGAGCAGAGGUACCACCAGGUUCCUGAUGAGUACUUCACCAGCGCAGUGGUUCUCUCUCUGAUCCUAGCGGCCUUGUUUGGAAUUGUUUAUCUUCUCAUCAUACCGCAGGGCACAGUUGUACUUGUGCUUCUCGUCUUCUGCAUCUGUUUCCUUGUAGCUUGCAUUAUGUACCUGCAUAUCACGAGAGUACAGUGUUUUCCGGGGUGCCUGACCAUUCAGAUUCGAACUGCUCUCUGUCUUCUUAUAGUGCUUUUAAUCUACGCUGUGGCCCAGGCUUGUGUUGUGGGUUGUAUGCCCUGGAUGUGGGGAAGUGCCAAUACAAACAGUUCCAUUAUCAUCAUUGAUGUGGACAGGGGAGCCAACCGGACCAUGGCCGAGUUGCCCUGUGAUGGGGCCCGCUAUGCUUUUCUUUCCUGUGUAGUGGGCACCCUCACAUUAGCGCUUUUCCUGCGAGUAUCCUGGUUGCCAAAGAUGGCGUUGAUGCUCCUUUUGGGAGUGCUGUACAUCACUGUGCUGGAGCUCAGUGGCUUUCGCAAGACUGCGGGUGGGGGGUCUUUCCACAUCCGGGGUUAUGAGCCCAUCCUGUCUCUGUUGCUCUUUGUCAGUGCCCUGGCCCUCCACUCCAGGCAACUUGACCUCAAGCUGCGCUUGGACUUCCUUUGGGCUGUGCAGGCGGAGGAGGAACGAGAUGGGAUGGAGAAAGUAAAGCUGGACAACAGGAGGAUUCUCUUCAAUCUACUGCCUGCCCAUGUGGCUCAACACUUCUUAAUGUCAAACCCCAGAAACAUGGUGAGCCAUGCUAAUAAACAGGCAUGCAGGCAGACUGACCAACAGGAUCUGUACUAUCAGUCCUACGCCCAAGUAGGUGUCCUGUUCGCCUCAAUUCCAAACUUUAAUGAUUUCUACAUUGAACUGGAUGGCAACAACAUGGGAGUGGAGUGCCUGAGGCUGCUAAAUGAAAUCAUUGCUGACUUUGAUGAGCUUAUGGACAAGGAGUGCUACAAAGACAUCGAGAAAAUCAAAACUAUUGGCAGCACGUACAUGGCAGCUGUUGGGCUUGUCCCCACCAUUGGCACCAAGGCCAAAAAAUCGGUUUAUGACCAUUUGAGCACAAUCGCAGACUACGCCAUAGAAAUGUUUGACGUGUUGGAUGAAAUCAACUACCAGUCGUACAAUGAAUUUGUCCUCAGAGUGGGAAUCAAUGUUGGUCCAGUAGUUGCUGGGGUGAUCGGAGCACGGCGACCACAGUACGACAUCUGGGGUAAUACAGUGAACGUGGCCAGUCGGAUGGACAGCACGGGUGUACCAGGAAAAAUUCAGGUGACCGAGGAGGCAUAUCGAAUGCUGAAUAGCAACUACGAUUUAGUCUGCCGUGGUAAAGUCAGUGUAAAAGGUAAAGGUGAGAUGCUGACAUACUUUCUGGAAGGUAAAGUGCAGGGCAUCGGCACGGCGACCACUUCAUCGGUGAUGCGUUCCACCAGCCUGGCACGCCGUAUCCAUUCCUGUGGCAAGACGAGCGUGCCGACCCAUCUGGGCAGCGUCUCCUCCGCUGCCAGCCUGGCUGCUCAAGCCAGCAUGGGUGGCAACUUUCAGACGAGCUCUGCCAACAUCAGCAACAGCCAAGCAACAUGCCUCCCGUCGCCCUGUGUGCUAGGUGAAGUGGAAAAUGAAGACGACGUCGAGGUGACACACAUUCAAAUCGAGGCUGUGGCAGCCAUUGCGGAUGUAGCAGUGUAGGAGGAACGACGGGACGGUUUUGAAUGCAGCAGGAGAACCUGGAGAAGUUGGGGCUGUCCACGGAUUUCUCAUACGUCCUAGGAAAUCCUGACAUAACCCAAGAUGUUUUCGGCCAGGAUAACGUGCUGAAGUAUUAUAAAACUGACAAUCAAACUUGCUUUCAGAGAUUUUCUUAACUGAUUGCCUCUAUACAGAGUUUAGAUGUGGAGGGGGAAGAAAGAUGCAAGCAACUGCUCAACAUCCUAUGAACAUCGCUAUACCAGAUGAUUAGAUUUGUGGUGUUCUCGGGUUCCUGUGCAGGUAUAUCCAGGUAAUGUGUGCAACCUUGUUUUAUAUGAAGUACGUAUUCCCACGUACAAGGAAUAUGUACAUUGAUGCCCAGAAAAAGACUGAUCAUGCAUUUGCUUUUGCACUGUCUUUCUGAUUAUGCCAAGGAUAUAUUGCAUUAUUUACAGACAAACAGUUUAUUUAUACUUUGUUGUAUGAAGGCAUGCAUGUUUAUAAUUGUAAGUGUGUGUAUGCAUGUGUGUUCAGUUUGAAAUUGUAACAAAACAGCACAAAAUCCUUUUUGUAUUCACCUUUCACCGGAUGAAGCUGGCUUUUUAUGAAAUAUGGCGGUUUAUCUUGGUGCAUGAUUUAAAAAAAAAAAAAAAGUCAAGAGCCAUAAGUGAUGAUACUCUGCUCGAGAGGAAAAACCAAAGUAAUGAUUUCAAGUUUUAGAAAUGUCACAGAAAAAGGAUCUUGCACUUGUUACUUUCAAACAUUAUUAACCAAUUAAAAAAAAAGUGUCUUGUCUUGAUAUCACCUGGAUUCACAGAGUCUAAAGUAAAUGUGUGUAUGAAAGCAGCAUACACUGAUGGGGCUGUUUUCACGGUCGGUAUGCACUAAAAGAGCUGGAAGGAGUGAAAAAGGUUAGUUGAAUGUUGAAUGCGUGCUGCCACAGAAACUAGUUCAUGCCAAAAUGAGAAGGUUCACUAAAAAACAAAAAAAAAAAAACAAAAAAAAAA